ACAGAUCCUCCUGCUGGCCACUCAGUGGCUGAGGACUUGCUACUUCCGGGUCGGGGGCGUCUGGCGUGGAGAGUUUGGGGAUCUACAGCAACCAAAGGCUUUUCCCUGACUUCGUAUGAUUGCGGCAGGCGAGCGAGUGAGUCGUGCGUGAGGAAAGAGAGGCAAGGCUUUUCCGAGAUCGUCUCAGCGAUGGCGCUUCGGUCGCGGUUCUGGGGGUUCUCCGUUUGCAGGAACCCUGGGUGCAGGUCCGCAGCUCUCUCAACCAGCUCCAAGCCGGCGGCGGAGCCUGAAGUGCACCCUGUGGAAAAUGAAGCUGUCGCCCCAGAGUUCACCAAUCGGAACCCCCGGAACCUGGAGCUUCUAUCUGUAGCCAGGAAAGAGCGGGGCUGGCGGACGGUGUGGCCCUCCCGUGAGUUCUGGCACAGGUUGCGAGUUAUAAGGACUCAGCAUCAUGUAGAAGCACUUGUGGAGCAUCAAAAUGGCAAGGUUGUGGUUUCGGCAUCCACUCGCGAAUGGGCUAUUAAAAAGCACCUUUAUAGUACCAGAAAUGUGGUGGCUUGUGAGAAUAUAGGACGAGUACUGGCACAGAGAUGCUUAGAGGCGGGAAUCAACUUCAUGGUCUACCAACCAACCCCAUGGGAGGCAGCCUCAGACUCGAUGAAACGACUACAAAGUGCCAUGAGAGAAGGUGGUGUGGUACUACGGGAACCUCAGAGAAUCUAUGAAUAAAUGAAUAAAUGGAAGCAUUAAUUGUUUUGAACAUGUAAAUAUAAAACUGUCAGCCACUACAGCCAUCAAAAGAGAGCAUCUGGAAGAAUAGCCAGCUUGGAAGUUUUACAGCAAUAAUGUUGCAGUGGAAUAUUAUUUGUAGUUAAGGUCAUCCUCCUCCCCUUUCUGUUUUUUUAAAUCAAGAACUACAUUCUGCCCCUGUCUUGGGCUUCAGAAGCAUCUAAGAAAAGCAGUCGUCAAUUAUAAUUAACUUUCAAAGGGCAAGUCAGAAGUUGUUUAUAAAUUACAAAAUAAAGGCAUGUUAUGAACUCUUA